UUGGCUUAAUGAGACUUGUAGCUAUGCAGUGGCGCCACCUGUUGUUGUUGACUUGCAGUGCUGUGAUCCUUGGCUGUGUCCGCUGUGAUUUCAGGAAUACAGGAGACUGCCACUCGAAGCAUCCGCCCAAAUACGAUUCACCUGAGUACUGCCAUGAGCCGCAGCAGCCGCAUUUGGGCUGCAACAAUAACAACCAAUGGGGCGCCAAAUGCAAGGAUAACGCUCAAAUGGUUAAUAUCUCAACGGGCAUGGCGACAACAAUCGUGCGGCUAAUGAAUACCUAUCGCAACAUUGUGGCCAGGGGCACGUUUCAUAAUUUGCCGGCAGCUGGACGCAUGAAUAAGUUGGCUUGGGAUGAGUCUUUGGCCGACUUGGCCCAGCUGGCGGCAAAGCGUUGCGUCAUGGAUCCAAUUAGGAAAAGUUUCACAACGACGCUCGCCUCGAAGCCCGGUUACACGGCGAUCCUGAACAAAUAUCCCAGUGACCAGAAACAGGAUGUACUUAAAAUAGUGAAAUCACAAUUGAAGACGUGGUACGACCAGUACAUCUAUGUGGAUGCGGCGAGUCUGCUGUCGGGCACCACGCGCGCCGGUCAUGAAAUAUCCCACUUCUUGCAACUCAUAACCGGCAUGAAUAGUCGCGUUGGCUGCGCCAUUUCCAUCUUCAAAGAGGAAUCAUGGAAUGUCCAGCUGAUGAUAUGCUUAUAUGGUUGCAGUAAGCCCAAAAACUCUUUUACCUAUGCCAUAGCGUCAAAGAGGACUGCGGCCUUCUGAACGAAGAGGGUUUCACAACUACAGAACGCGGCCAAACAACUACAGAUCAGGACUAUCUAUAUUGAGGGGUUGAGCUUGGCUGGUUAAGCUCCAGACACUCAAAGGGGUUGGUUACCUAGAGAAUUACACUUGUGGCUUACACAUUUUAAGCUAAGCAAUUUACGCAAAUAAAUCCAAUAAACAAAUCUAUAGACAUCAAUAUACACAGCACAAAAUCCCAAAAUUAGACUCA